CACGCACACUGUCGUUAGCAGGAACAGUUUCCGUGGUCAGGUGUCGUCUUUCCUCCUAACUGCAGGACACUGACGCUGAAACCGAGUCUCUGGCUCGAGCAGCGGGAGAGAGUGACGGGUCAGUGAACAUCCGGGUGCCCGCAGAGCGCAGACUCAAUCCCCGCCGCAGUUUGCUGCGUUUCCGUAGCCAGCUCGCUACCCGCUGAGCUUCGGCUGAGGAGCCGCUCUUCUGCAUCGAAUUACACCGAAAGCAGCCGCUUCAAUGGCGGAUUAACCGAGUGACGGGAGACAACUGGCUUCUCCGGUGCUGUUGCCAGGUUGUGGUUCUGGUUCGGACGCGAGCGACACCUGCGGAGAUGAGCCCACAGCGACAUUAACUGUGCGCUCUAACGGCUAACUAGCUAGCAGCUACCCCCUCUCUCUCCGGUUUAUGGUCGCCGAGUGUCGUUAGUGCGUGUGUUCGGGAGGAAAAUGAAGAAGUUCAACAUCCGGAAGGUGCUGGACGGCUUGGCCGCGGUCUCCUCGUCCUCCUCCGCCGCUCCUCAGCCAGGAAACCCGAAAGAGAACGACGUGGUCCAGGAGACUCUCCAGUCCGAGCAUUUUCAGCUCUGCAAGACUGUGCGUCAUGGUUUCCCUUAUCAACCGUCCUCCAUGGCCUUCGACCCCGUGCAGAAAAUCCUGGCCGUCGGGACUCAGACCGGAGCUUUACGACUCUUCGGCCGUGCAGGUGUGGAGUGCUAUUGUCAACACGAGAGCGGCGCUGCUGUCAUCCAGCUCCAGUUCCUGAUCAACGAGGGGGCCUUGGUGAGCGCAUUAGCCGACGACAGCAUCCAUCUUUGGAACCUGAGACAGAAGAUCCCUGCUGUCCUUCAUUCUUUAAAGUUCAACAGAGAAAGAAUCACCUACUGCCACCUGCCAUUCCAGAGCAAAUGGCUGUACAUUGGCACAGAACGUGGAAACAUCCACAUUGUCAACGUAGAAUGCUUCACUCUCUCAGGCUACGUCAUCAUGUGGAACAAAGCCAUCGAACUAUCCACAAAGACUCACCCGGGGCCUGUAGUUCACAUCAGUGAUAACCCCAUGGAUGAAGGAAAGCUGCUGAUUGGGUUUGAGUGUGGGGUGGUCGUCUUGUGGGAUCUGAAGUCCAAAAAAGCUGACUACCGCUACAACUACGACGAGGCGAUCCACUCCGUGGCCUGGCACCACGAGGGGAAGCAGUUUGUUUGCAGCCACUCGGAUGGCACUCUGACCACGUGGAAUGUACGCGCUCCAGCCAAGCCUGCACAGAUUAUCACGCCACAUGGAAAGCAGCCUAAAGAUGGGAAAAAGCCAGAACCAUGCAAGCCUAUUCUGAAAGUGGAGUACAAGACAACGAGAGCAGGGGAUCCAUUCAUGGUCCUGUCUGGGGGUCUGUCUUACGACACGGUGGGCCGGAGAGCCUGCCUGACUGUGAUGCACGGGAAGAGCACCGCCGUCCUGGAGAUGGACUUCCCCAUCGUGGAUUUUUUAACACUGUGUGAAACUCCCUAUCCCAACGAUUUCCAGGAGCCGUACGCAGUGGUGGUCCUCCUGGACAGGGACUUGGUGGUGAUCGAUCUGGGACAGAUUGGGUAUCCGAUAUUUGAUAAUCCGUACCCCCUGACCAUCCACGAGUCUCCGGUGACCUGCUGCGAAUACUUUGCUGACUGCCCUGCUGAACUCAUCCCUGCACUUUACUCUGUGGGCAGCCGGCAAAAGAGACAAGGAUACAGCAAAAAGGAGUGGCCUGUGAGUGGAGGGAACUGGGGCCAAGGGUCCCAAAGUUACCCAGAGAUCAUCGUCACUGGACACGCUGACGGCUCCAUCAAGUUCUGGGAUGCUUCUGCAUUGAUGCUUCAGGUCCUGUACAAGCUGAAGACAGCGAAGGUGUUUGAGCGAGCACGUGGUAAAGAUGACAAGGCCAACGCUGACAUUGUGGAGGAAGACCCCUUCGCUAUUCAGACCCUAUCCUGGUGUCCGGAGAGCCGGAUGCUGUGUGUGGCCGGAGUGUCUGCGCACGUCAUCAUCUAUCGGUUCAGCAAACAGGAGGUCACCACCGAGGUGGUCCAGCUUUUGGAGGUGUCGAUGCAGUGUGACCUGAGUGAUGUGGACUCGCCUGAACCUGGAGGGGAUCAAACCCCCACCUUGUCCACUCCAGGGGCACCCCAGAGCCCUCAGGAAAGUGAACUACCUACCCAGCCGUCCACCGCGAGCAACUCUUCUGAUGGUCCUCGAGACAACAUCCCAUGUUUGCAGGUCCGCAGCUCCUCGCUGAAGCAGUCUCCGGGCUACCAGGUGGAGCUGGUGGUGCAGCUGGUGUGGGUGAGCGGGGAGCCACCUCAGCAGAUCACUAGUCUGGGUAUCAACUCCUCUUAUGGCCUUGUGGUGUUUGGGAACAGCAAUGGCCUGGCGGUGGUGGACUAUGUCCAGAAAACCUUGCUCCUGAACAUUGGCACGUCAGAGCUGUACAGCCCAUCUGACCCCCUGCAGAGGCAACCCCGCUCCCCUAGAAGAGUCCGGCAGCCGUCUGGAGCCUUCUGUGACCCCACCGAUGGCACCAAUACCUCGGAGGAUCGCUGCAAGUCACCCACGUCAGGCUCUAACUCGCCCUGCAAUUCUGACGAUGACCGGAAGCAGAAGUUCAUAGAAAAGGGUAUGGUAUCAGAUGGCUGGACUGAGCCUCCUGGGCCGACACCUGAUCCGUCUCUAACCUUGUUUUCAGUGAAGUUCAAAAGCAGGCGGUUUUCCAAGAGUGUUGCCAAUGACUUUGCCAAGAUGUCUCGGAAAAUUAGCUCGUCUGGUGAUCCCAGGCCUGACCCGGUGUCCCCUCAGGCUCGCGCUCACACUUGUAGGAAACACUUUUCUCACCAGAAUGAAGCCAAGCCAGCGGCCAGGACCAGCCAGAAGGGGCCGCUGUGUAGAGCUAAGUCAUGCCCCAACUCCAAUUCGAAGGACAACUCGUUCAAUCGCUCGCGCAGCUCCAGUGUCACCAGCAUCGACCGAGAGAGUCGAGAGGCCAUUUCCGCCUUUCACUUCUGUGAGAGUUUCCCGAGGAAGUCAGACGCCAUGGCCAGCCCCUGCAUGCUGGUGGGGACCACCCAUGGGUCUGUGCUAAUGGUGGCUGUGAGUCUGCCCCCUGGUGGUGAGCAGAGGCUGCAGCAACCCGUCAAUAUAUCUUCCUGUGGCACGGUGGCCACUCUCAAAGGAGGGAUAAUGACGAUGGCCCUGCUUGACGCCGGGGGAACUCUGCUGCCACCUCCCUACGAGUCCUGGUACGACCCCAACGCCUCAGAUGAGGAGAAGGAAAAGAGUCGGAGGCGGAGGCCAGCGUCCCCCCCUUCUUCACAGGACGGGCUGGAUGCCCAGUUUGCUGUUCUGUGUUCAGAGAAGCAGGCCAAGGUGGUGGCCAUGCCCUCCCAGACCCGGCUCUACAAACACAACAUCACAGAGACCUCUUUCGUGCUGAGAGCCGACAUCGUACAGCUGGCUGGGACCAGCUGCAUCGCUUGCUUCUGUGCCAACGGCCACAUCAUGACGCUGAGUCUCCCCAGUCUCCGCCCGUUGCUGGAUGUCAACUACCUGCCGCUCACGGACAUGAGGAUAGCCCGGACAUUCUGCUUCUCCAACCUUGGUCAGGCUCUGUACCUCACCUCUCCAACUGAGAUCCAGAGGAUCACCUACAGCCAGGAGACCUGCGACAACCUUCAGGAGAUGCUCAGCGAACUCUUCACCCCGGUGGAGACCCCUGAGGCUCCAAACAGAGGGUUCUUCAAAGGCCUGUUCGGUGGAGGAGCCACCUCGCUGGAUCGGGAGGACCUGUUUGGAGAGACGGCGGCCGGUAAGGCGUCACGCAGCCUGGCGCAGCACAUCCCUGGCCCCGGCAGCAUGGAGGGAAUGAAGGGUGCAGCCUCUGGAGUGGUGGGGGACCUGGCCCGGGCCCGGAUUGCUCUGGAUGAGAGAGGCCAGAAGCUGGGGGAGCUGGAGGAGAGGACAGCAGCCAUGAUGGCCAGCGCCGAGUCCUUCUCCAAACACGCUCAUGAUAUGAUGGUGAAGUACAAGGACAAGAAGUGGUACCAGCUCUGAUGGCAGCGUGGUGAGCAACAGACUCUCUGUAUCACGCACAGCGUCGUCUCCGCAGCGCUACCCAACUUUUGUCUCCUCCCCUCUCACUGGGGUUUCCGACUCUUGCUUUUAUUCUCAGCACAAUAUCACACUCUGCUUUACCUCAGUGGACGGAGCGCACAACGGACCGACCCGUCAGAGCUGGAGAGACCUGCACUCCUAUAUAUAUCUCAUAAAUAUAUAAAUAUAUAUACGUAACUAUAUAACUGCGUAUCUACCAACCCUGGCGGACAAAGAUGCUACAUGUGCUCGUGGUGGCCUGACUCUUUUCCUUCUCUGCAAUCUCUGCCAAACAAAGUGGAUGUAAAUGAGGAGAGAAGUCUGAAGACCCGCCCCCUUAACCCACUCAAGCCAAUGAGGGUAUGUGCGUUUCUGUGUGGAUCCAGAUUUGUGUCUAAAUUGCGUCUGCCGAGCGGCAGUCAGAGCAAUGAGGUAGCAGGAGGACGGAGAGUGGAUCGCCUCUCUGAAUUAAGGGCUGGUAGUUGGUCAGCGACCCUUUCCUUUCGCACCCCAUCUUUCAGUGUUGGCACUUCUGUUUCCACUGUCUGUGGAGCAGUGUGGCUGAAGAGAAGCGCCGGGCAUUAUUUAUUUUUGCACAGAACGUGCGAUCAAUGUUUACCAUGACACGUUUACAUCACGCUGAAGGAAGAAGUGGCACACUGGAAACGUAUUAUGUGUCAGAAGAGCUUGCCUAGAUGUAUAUUUUGGUUACAAUCCCAGUUUUUGUGAUAAAAGAUUCUAUGGAUAUAUUACAUGUAAUGAUUGAAGUUUGGCUGGAGAGCUGUAGUUGAAUUGUUUUGUCCUAGUGUGUCAUGAAGAAAAGCAUGUGGCCCUCAGCACCGACCCACGGCGAGCCUCUGGCUCCAGCUCUCGUGUGCAAGCUACCGUCGCGUAUUUGUGUUUGUCAACAUACAUAUAUUCAGGGAUAUGUGUAUGUGCGCCAAAACCUGCUUGUUCUAUUGUGUCAUCCAGCUGUCAGUCAUGUUUGCUGCCAAACAGCUGGACUCAAGCCUGACACCGCCAUCUUCUUUUGAGACACCAAAGAGCUUAAUUUCACAGAGUUGUCUUGAUUUUAUUUGCGCUUGCGAGAGUCGGUCUGAGGGUGAUUGGGGGCGGGGGGCGUAUUUCUUCUUGCCGACCUUUUAACGACCUGUGAUGCUGUACGUGACAAGAGUUUGAUGCCAAAAUAAUGUAGAAUUAUUGAGAAUCAAUGCAGUUUGGAAGCAAACCUCUUGACUGUUCGCUGGCUGACUAAUCAACUGUAGACUACUGAGAGAAACCCAGGGGAGAGCGCCGCGGGUUUUUGCACUAUCUUUUGUACUGAGAGAGAUUUGGUUAUUUUCUUUGUCCCAUGUUGUUUUUGGAACGGACCAAACAUGCCAUAUAUGCUGAUUAUUGCUCCACGUUUUCAUUGACCCGAAAGUAUAUUUAUAUAUUUGAAAAAAAUGUGCUUAAUUUCAAUAUAUUAAAAUACAUUGAAAAAGACGCUCCUGAUCAGCCAUCGGCUCAUUUCAAGCUUUACAGGAAACUCUUUCUACAAAGUGUGGCCUCAACUUUUGAACUGUUUGCAACAUAUUGACUGUCUUCUUGCACACUGAAGGAUGCAUGAUCUACGUGUUUACAAACUUGAAGCAGCCAUCGUCCGUCCUGACCUCGCUAUUUCCCCUUAAGUCGAACAAAAGUCAUCUCAAACCUCCUGUUGACUCGUGUCAGUUGCUCUCCAUCCACCUGAAGCAGCCCACCGCCAGCUCUGUGGGGGGAACUGGAAUGCCUCCGUCUGUCCGUCCGUCCGUCCUCGGGGAGCUGUCUGGUGCAGUAUUUUCCCAUGGCAGGCAAAUUGUUGUACAGUUUUGUUAAAGACAAAUUUCACAUGGAUGUCUGACUAAAUCUGCUGCCACAAACACUUUAGAUUGUAGAUACAGGUAUUAUUGUGCAAUGGAAAAUAAAUGUAAAAACCAGUCAUCUCCUAGGCUCCUCUGUGUUCUUUCAUUCUUCAAGCUGAAGCCAAUGUCGCAUGUGUUUGAGAUGUGAGACAAAAGGGAGUGCUUGUCAGUAGGGCUGCCAGUAGAUUCAAAAUUUGAAUUUUCAGUUAAGAGCAGUGACACUUAGCAAACUCAUGAUUAAUGGCAAAUGAAUCACACAUGUUGUGUCUGUUCUGAAUGUAAUAUAAAGAUGUUAACACCAUAUAUAUAAUGUGAUUGACACCUGAGUGACCAAUAAUGUAGUUAUGCUUUUACUUUUUUAUGUUGUUGAGCCUCUGGCGUUAUUCUAAAGAUACUGUAUGUACUUGACAUUAUCUGUGAUGUUGGUUGUUGGA